UCUCCAUGAAUUGGUUGCAGAUGCGACUGCGGUUUCCCCAUGCUUUCCCGGCGUGCAAGGCAGAAACGCACCGUUUCUAAUCAUUCACUCCCUCUCUCUCUCUCUCUCUCUCUCUCUCUCUCUCUUAUUUAAUGGAGGGAAGAGAUCGGAGCUAAGCUUUCUGUAGCCCUGCGGCAGCUUAGCCUGUCUAUCUGUCAUUUCUCCGAGGUUCUCUUUUGCAUGCAUGGAAAUUCCUAAUGCUCACAGCCAGGUAACUGUGGACAGCAACAAGCUCACAUAUGCUUCUCUACUACUCUGCCUUUGGUGUCUCUGAUCUUGAUCUACUUGUGGAUGAGUUCUACUGGCAAUGGCUAGGCAUCAUGUGGAUGGACUACUAGUGUGCCCCAAGAACCAACUGGAACAGGAAAGAAGACCGAGGCCUCACCCAGAGCAGGCUCUCAAAUGCCCCAGAUGUGCUUCUACCAACACCAAGUUCUGCUACUACAACAACUACAGCCUCUCCCAGCCAAGGUACUUCUGCAAGGGUUGCAGGAGGUACUGGACUCAGGGAGGCUCUCUCAGGAAUGUCCCAGUUGGAGGUGGCUGCAGGAAGAACAAGAGAUCCUCCUCUUCCUUCCCUUCAAAGAUGACACGAGACCUAGAUCUCACUGCCACCAGCUCCAUUAAUCCACUUCCCCCUACCUUCGUUCCUCCUCCACUUGCCAGUGAUCUCACCUUGGCCUUUUCUGGCCUCCACAAGGAACCACCCACCGAGCAUCUGGGACUGGAAAACCAUUGCCAAAGCCUUCUUCUAGAGCAUGCCAGCACCGAGUCUCUCCUCACUACCCUCUCAACAAACAAUGGCUUUCUUGACACUCUAAGGAGUGGCUCUGUGGAUGCCCUAAACCCGAGUGGUCUAAACAACCCUUACUAUGGUUUUGGUGUCCAUGGCAGUGUGGAGGUGAAGGUUGGUGUUAGUGUGGAAGAUAGACUUAUGUUUCCUGUGGGAGGACCGGGAGAUGCAGCAGCUAGGACUGUAACUGGCCAAGGUUCAUGGAAGGACAUGGAUGAAGGGGAGGCCAAAGUGCUGAUGGGCCUCCCAUGGCAGGUGGAAGGAGAUGGGAACAUGGCUGUGGAUUCUGGAAGAGACUGGACUGGUGGUGCUUCUUCUUGGCCUGGACUUAUGGGCAGCUCCUUGAUUUCAGCAGCAAGAACAGAUAUGUCCUCCACCAUUGGAGAUGCCUAUGCCUUCUUCUGAAAACCCUAUCAUAUCCUCGCUUCUUUCAUUGUACUAUUCUCUGUUUUUUCCUUCUGUUCUCUAUAUAUUGUGGGAGUGAUGGCUUAAUAACUACACAGACUUAAUCUAUAUAUAUGGUUUGUAUGAAUGGAUUGAAACCUAGAAUUUUUAUUGA